AUGCCCAAGUCCAACACAUGCGAGGGCGCCAAAUUCCCAGAUGAGUGCCGCACCGCCGAGCAAGCAGCGCCCUACAUCGCCAAGUCGUACGCCAGCUUCAGCAAGGGCGAAUUGGCCGCCGCGCUGGCCCUGAUGGGUCUUGAGAGCGACGAUCUCAAGUACAAGCAUAACGUGUACCCCGGUGUCCCCGGGCAGGGCACGGCCAACAUGAUGAGCCCUUCGUUUGUCAAGGAAUACGCUACUUCCAUCUUCGGCGCCAACGCCGUGGCCAACAAGUCGCCCGUCGAGGCGCUCGCCAUGGUGACGCCCGACGAGCACAACUUUGGCUCGGCGGGCUGGUUCCUGACGGCCCACUGCGAGCCUUCGGUGCGCGAGGGGCUCAAGACGGGCUCCGAUGCCGGCUGGACGGCUUACAUGCAGUGUGUCGGCGUCGACGGGUCCGACCCCGCGCGCGUCGAGUACUGGAACAGGGCGAAGAAGGCUUUCAACUUGUCGGGGUAG